AUGCAAGGCUCAAACGUGGAUUUUGAGCAGCUUUCGAGUCUCGUUCACCUCACCAACCUCACCAGUCUCUUCGUGCCCAGUGUUGUCGGUUCCAAUUCAGAAACAGCUCUGCCCACUAAUCACUUCUUCUUCGCGCAGCUGCAAUCGCUUGAGUCUCUGAGGCUUGGUUUUCGCGGCAUAACCUUUGACAGGAUGUUUCCUGUAGGAUCGGCCUGCAUUCGCCUGAAGCGGCUCAACCUCGUCUUAUGCAGCUCGUUGCAGUUUCCGGAUGAGAUUGGGGAGUUGCUGCCAUCCCUACAGGAGUUGACAGCAACAUUCUGCACUUUUCGUGCUCCCUUGCCACAGCAGUUCACCACCCUCCGCUGUUUGUACAACUUGAUACUUAGUGCAUGCAACGUGCUCCUGCCUGGAAACUUCGGCAAGCUGCCCGCUUUGAAAACUCUCGCACUGGUUUCGCUUCCGCUCUCAACUCUCCCUGCCACAUUCUGUCAACUCACCUCCCUGGAAACGUUAGUUUUGAGCCGCUGUCAAGAUUUCCAACAGUUGCCACGCCAUUUUUCUGCGCUCACAGGCCUGAAGACCUUGUGCUUCAUGAAAAUGCCGGAUCUGAGUCUUCCAGAGGGUAUUGGAGAGCUGGCAAACCUACAAACGUUCAUUCUCCGCUCCAGUAACACGGGCCCGUUUGUUUUCCCUCCUUCGUUCUCCUGUCUGUCUAGCUUGGCAAGGCUGGAACUGGACGGGUGCUUGGCAUCUGAACUUCCGCAGGGCAUGGGCAGCUUAACCAAGCUGCAGGAAGUGUACAUCCAUUCUUGCCCUAACAUCAGGGAGCUCCCAGAAUCCAUCGUGUCGUGCAUGGGCCUCCAAGUUUUAAGCAUCUGUGACUGUAGCGGCCUCAGUUCAGUGCCAAGGAGUUUGGACAGGCUUACAAGGUUGACUAAGUUGGAACUGAGUGGAUGCAACCAGCUGACAGCUGUCCCAGAAAGGUUGCCAGGCUCGCUGGAGGUCCUAGGUUUAGGGAACAAAGAGAGGACUGUUCGACUGCCAGAUAUUUCCACGUUGACGAAGCUGAAACAGCUGAGCUUGGGAAUCAUCAACGUCACAGAUGGGCUGGCUGUAAGCAGGAGCCUCUCCAAUCUGAAACAUUUGGCGCUGUCGGUGGUAGAAGGUUCAACGGAGCUGCCGUUUCCCCUGGCUUAUCUUUCCAGCCUCCGCAGCUUGACAAUUCGGGAUGCUGGAAGCAUGAAGAAGAUUCCAGAGGACCUAAGCUCGACCUUGCAGCACCUCCGAGCCCUGGUCAUACUUCGUGCUGACGAAUUGAAGGAGCUUCCAGAAUCGAUCACAGAGUUGCAGCAGCUGAGAACGUUACGGGUUCACACGCAAAAUUUGGCCUGCCUCCCUGCAAAACUCUAUGCGCUAUCUAGGCUGCGUACACUGGACCUUUCCGACUGCUCAUCUCUGAUAUGUUCCUUUUCCUCCUCUCACCCAUCUAUCCUGCCCCGCUACUAUGGAGGCAGCCGAUUGCAGCAGCUGUUUGCCACACUUCACAAUGCUGAGCAGCCUCAUGAAACUUAA